AUGGCGAACAAGGUGGAGGCAAACAUUGCAUCUACGGAGGAGGGCUCGAGCUCCAGCUCCGGCACCGAUGCCAGCGUGCUACAGCCUGUCCUGAGUUUGCUGGAAGGCGUCACGCAGAGGCUGGAGGACUUCGAGCGACGCUUGGAGAAGGUUGAUGAUUCCAAUUGUCGGAUCGAGGCCAUGGCGAACAAAGUGGAGGCAAACAUUGCAUCCACAGAGGAAGCCUGGGCAGCUCGAUGCGAGCAGUUGCAGGCCGCGAAUAUCGUGGCUUUUCAGCGCAUCGAAAAGAUCGAUGCCCAGCUGGCACUGCUCCUCGAACGGCCUGGAGCCAGCGUCGCGGUUCACUGCCCGCGCGGAUCACACUGCCAGGCCGCGGUCCAGACAGACUCGGAGGAGAAGGAUCUGCGCGAGACGGUGGAGAAGCAGGAGUUGCAGCUGCAGCUCGCCGCAGGCGACAAGCAGAUCUUGAAGGAUGAGUAUGAGGAGUUCCGAAGAAUUGCCUUCGACGCGAUUGCGGAGAAGAACGGCUACAAGGCAGAUCUCCGAGCCGCGCAGAGGCACAUCAGGCUCAUUGGCUUCCUGAAGGAAGUGCAGGAGAAUCAGGACCCAGGGCAAGCCAGCGAGGCGAUGCCCGAGGACUGUCCUCAGCAGGAUCAGCAAGAGCCACAGCGACCACAGCGUGCAAGCGGGCCUGGCGGGCUGUGGCUGUACCGUGAAGAGGAGAAGAAACACCUGAUGCGGCUGCGCGAAGCCGAGCGCGAAGAGGAGCAUCGACUGCUGGAAGAGGUGCAUCGCCCAGCUGGGGAGGACCUCGUCGUAGCCUACAAGGCCCACUUCGGGAAACGUCCCAAGCCAGAUCAGCUGAAGAAUUGGGUCAACAACAGCCGCGGGCAGGCGAUCUCAUGGGCGGAGGCCAAGCGCCUGAUAGCCUCCUCCACCAUGCAAGCGAAGCAAGCAAAGCAAGCGAAGCGAGCGAAGUGA